CUACUCCUUGAAGCAGGUAUAGACACAUACAGUUGCAGACUCUCAGGAGACCAUGUACAGACUAGCUUAUGCAUCUCCAAGCCAUUCGAACAGUUGGCAAGAAAGCUGUGCUCGAUUACUUGCCCCAUUAACUCUAUGGUUAUGUGUAUCACUGAUUUUGCAUUAUGGAUAUUUUGGGAAUUGUCGAAUGGUGCUCGGACCGAGUUCAUUACGUUUGUUGAAGACAAGUUCAAUCUUUAUAGAGCAGAUUCAGGUGAUUGAUACUGCCAAGAAAGGUUCUGUUCUUUACGGAUUCCAGGAGAAGCCAGAAUUGAGCUUGGAAACAAACUGGAAUGCUUCCAAAUAUCUUGUGAUUAGAUCGUAUCGCCAACAGGGUUUCUUUUUGUGGUUGAACAAGGGCUCUAGGAUCCAUGUGAGAUGGGAAGUUCCAAUUAGCAAUUUCAGUGACCUCCUAGUGGUGUUAACUAAAGGAGAGCAGAAGUUAAAGAGAUCAUUGCUGAGUUCCUCAAAUUUACUUGCUCUUACCAAUCCAACACAUGGUAAUGGGCAAGCUGAAUAUAUCAUUGAGGAAGAUGACAGUUACUACAUCCACUUAGUGAACAUGAACUCCAAAAGCAUUUUAAUGAUGUUGAAGGUCAAUGUUUCAUCAAAGAUGUAUGAUAUCACCAAAACAGCGAGCAAGUGUUCAUCGAUAAAUGGCUUUUGUCGUUUGCAGCUUCUCUUCCCCCAUAUGAAAUUUGUUGUUUUGACCACUCCAAACAAUGGGGACCUCAGUGGAUGGUACAUUGAGCUUUCAUUCAUGGUUCGUUUGCUUACUUAUUUUGCAAUUUUAGGAUUUGCUGCAAUCAUUCUUUGGUUGAUCUUGAAGUACCUUGGAGUUUGGGCGGGUGAGGGGGACAGGACGGAAGAGGAAGUACCAGUAACUGAAAGAAUUCCAUUACUGCAAGAGAAGAGAAUUCAAAUCGAUUACGGAACAAGUGAAGAAGAUCCAGAUUCGAGAAUAUGUAGCUCCUCUGAGGACUUGUAUGAUGGAAAGAUUUGUGCAAUCUGCUAUGAUGAACAACGCAACUGCUUCUUUGUACCAUGUGGCCACUGUGCCACAUGUUAUGCAUGUGCUCAGAGGAUUGUUGAAGGGGAAAAUAAGGUAUGUCCAAUAUGCCGGAGAAUCAUUCACAAGGUAAGAAGACUGCUCAAUCCUUAAGAAUUGCCGGAUCACGAAUACGUGUUGUCCCCUGAAGAAAAGGCUUUUAUCCUGGAGUUACAAUUAGUAUGUUUUCUCUGUUAAUCAAUUUCUGAUUCAUAAAGAAAUGUAUGAGCUGUAAUGGACUUGUGAAGUUAAAUCCAUUGGUGUCCACACAUAAUGCUUAAUAGAAAACACAUUGAGUAGCUUAUGAA